AUGGAUCCUCACCAGGGACAGACCGGUCCUCAGGGUCCGGGUGGACGCCGGAUUCACAUCGCUCACCGACGCAGCCCAUCUGAGAUGACCCCCUUGAUGAUGGAACAACUAGCGCUCGCGCAGCAGAUUGAAGCCCUACAACAACAACAGCAGCAGAUCGCUGCCACCCACCAACAAUAUGUUAGCAUGGGCAUGAUUCCUCAGCAACAGCAAUUGCCUGGACAGCACCAACAGCUCCAAGCUCAGAUGCAAAACCUCAGCAUCAGCCCCAACAGCCUCGCGUCUUUUCAACACUUCUCCCAGCAACAGCAGCAGCAGCAGCAACAGCUGGGCCACCCGCAACAUUUGCAAAUCCCCAUGACGGGUGGUAUGGCCCAGCCCAUGAACCAGCACCGUCGUAACCAGUCAGCCCUGCCGGGCAUGGGCGGAUCCAGCAUGGGACCUCCACCCGCCCCAUCUUCAGGUGCAUCGGGCUCCGCUUUCGGCUCCGACUUUGGAAACUUUGGUUCGAACAAAAGCGAGAACAGUGCUCCCGGCCGUGGAAGAGGUGGCGGCCCUCCUGGUGCCGGACACAACCGUCGACAUUCGCUUGCUUUGCCGGAGGCGAAGAAGGCAGCUGAGCUCGCCGAAGCAAAGCGCAAGACUAGUAACUUUGUCUUCCCGGCCGGCGGAGCUCCAGUCGCUGGGACCUCACCUUAUGGUCGAUCGGAGAGUCCUGCCAGCGCAGAGGCCGCUGCAUCAUCUUCGUCGUUUGGUGCAGCUCGAGGCGGUCUGGGACAAGGUCGCGGACAUGGCCGCAGCCAGAGUAUGGCGGUGGGUGGCGCGCGUGGCAUGGGUGCAAGCGGCCGAGGCGGACCCACUGGCUUUCAAUUCCCGCAAGUGCAAUCCAUCACUGAAGGUCUCGUUGCACCUAACCAGACCGAUCUCUCGCGCCGUGGCAGCCACGGCCGCAGCCAAUCCCGCAACUUCGAGAGUAACUGGCGCAACCCCAACCCGCAGGCAGCCGGGAGCAAUGAACAGCAGGCUCCUUUUCAGCAAAUGAACCAGAACAUCGGCAGCCAGCCUUUCCAACCCGGUCACCGUGCUCGCGGCUCCAUGGCGAGCCAAUCUGUCAGCACUCUGGCAGGUUUCCCUUACCAACAACAGCCACAGCUUGUGCAGCUGCCACAGGGUCAAGUGGUCCUGCAACAGCCUGGCAUGUUCGGCAACCAGCCUCUUAACGCCUUGCAGAUGGCCCAGCUCCAGGCUUACCAGCAAGCUGGUAUACCUUUCCCAAAUCUGAUCCAACCGCAAAUGGGAAUGCAGCAGCCUCAGCAGCAACAACAGCAGCAGCGCAAGACUCUGUUCACGCCCUACCUGCCGCAAGCCACCUUGCCAGCGCUCCUGGGCGAUGGACAACUUGUGGCCGGCAUCCUGCGCGUGAACAAGAAGAACCGCAGUGACGCGUAUGUCACGACUACCGACCUCGAUGCGGACAUUUUCAUUUGCGGCAGCAAAGACCGCAACCGAGCCCUCGAAGGUGAUUUCGUCGCCGUGGAAUUGCUCGACGUCGACGAAGUUUGGGGUCAAAAGCGCGAAAAAGAAGAGAAGAAGAAGCGCAAGGACGUCUCCGACCAGCGAGGUGGAGGCUUUACGGCCGUCAACGAUGCUACGACUCAACCCGAGAGCGCCUCGGCUGCUCAAGAAGGAGGCAUUCGCCGCCGGGGCAGCUUGAAGCAACGCCCGACUCAAAAGAAGAAUGACGAUGUCGAGGUCGAAGGACAGAGUCUCUUACUCAUGGAAGAGGACGAGAUCAACGAUGAGCAGAAGCCGUUAUACGCCGGCCACAUCGUUGCGGUGAUUGAGCGCGUAGCGGGCCAGAUGUUCUCUGGCAGCCUCGGCUUGCUUCGUCCCAGCAGCCAAGCGACGAAGGAGAAGCAAGAAGCUGAGCGUCAAGCACGAGAAGGCACCCAUGGUCGCCAGCACCAUGAGCGCCAACAGGACCGACCGAAGAUCGUCUGGUUCAAACCCACCGACAAGCGCGUACCUCUGAUUGCCAUCCCUACUGAACAAGCACCCCGGGAUUUCGUCGAGCGCCACCAAGAUUACGCCAACAAGAUCUUUGUUGCCAUGAUCAAGCGCUGGCCCAUCACUAGCUUGCACCCAUUCGGUACACUCUGCGAGCAGCUGGGCGAUGCCGGCGAUCUCAAGGUGGAGACCGAUGCUCUGCUUCGCGACAACAACUUCGGCCCAGACGACUUUUCUGAUGCUGUCCUCAAGAAUGUCGGCCACGAGGACUGGUCUGUGGCUAAUGACAUUGCAGUCAACGGUGACGCGAUCUUGGCCGGUCGCCGUGAUUUCCGUGACGAGCAGACUUUCACCAUCGAUCCCAAUGGCAGCAAAGAGCUCGAUGAUGCCCUUCACUUCAAGGAACUGUCCGGCGGGAUUGUGGAGAUUGGCAUCCACGUUGCCGAUGUAGCUCACUUCGUCAAGUUCAACUCCCUAGUGGAUCGCGAGGCAAAGAAGCGUGGUACUGGCGUGUAUCUGAUGAAUAGGACCGUCAAGAUGCUGCCCACCAAGCUUUCCAACGACAUCUGCUGCCUCAGCCCGGGCGAGGAGCGCUACACUGUGUCAGUUGUCUUCCAAGUUGACUCUUCCACCGGCCGUGUCCUUGAGGACAAGACCUGGAUUGGCAAAGCCAUCAUCAAGAGCUCUGGAAAGUUGGUCUACGACGAGGUCGAUGCUAUUAUCAACGGCACUUCGUCGUCCUCGGCCCACGCUGAUCGGGCCAAGCAAAUCUUGAUGCUCCACGCCAUCACGCAACGCUUCCGACAGGCUCGGUUCGGUGGCGACGAGGCGGAGAUGCCACCGCUUCGCCUCUUCUACCAGCUCGAUGAUGAGAAUGUUCCCGUAGAGCACAACAUCUUCGAUUCCAGCCCGUCGCACGAGAUGAUCGAGGAGUUGAGCCAUUUGACCAACGCUUUUGUCGCCCAAAAGAUUGCCACUGCUCUGGGAGACCGUGCAUUCCUGCGCCGUCAGACAGCGCCCAACCCACGUCGUCUGCAGCUCUUUGCCGAGCGCAUGAACAACAUUGGUUACGAGAUGGAUAUCUCGAGCUCUUCCGCACUUCAGAACAGCUUGUUCCGCAUUGAGGACGCAGACAUCCGCAAGGGUAUGGAGACCCUAGUGGUGAAAGCCAUGGGACGCGCCAAGUACAUCGUGCCAGGGAAAUUGCCCGACCCGGGCUUGGGCCACUACGCUCUCAACCUGCCGGUAUACACGCACUUCACCAACCCUUCUCGUCGUUAUGCGGACAUCAUCGUCCACCGUCAAUUGGAGACCGCCCUGUCCGAGGGUGCUGUUGACUUCGUUGAGGACAUCGAGUCACUCAACAAGACAGCCGAGUCUUGUAACACAAAGAAGGACUCCGCACACGCCGCCCAGGAACAGAGCGUGCACAUCGAAUCUUGCCGUCGCAUGAACCGCCUGAGCGAGGAGCAAGGCGGAGACCUGAUCUCUGUCGGAAUCGUCGUCUGCGUGUAUGAGUCGGCGUUUGAUGUUCUGAUCCCGGAAUAUGGUUUCGAGAAGCGCGUCCACUGUGAUCAGCUUCCGCUCAAGAAGGCCGAAUUCGACAAGAACACUCGCCUCCUCGAGCUCUACUGGGAGAAGGGCGUGCCGUCCUCGGCAUUUGUCCCCGAGGAUGAACGCCCGCAGGUCAAGGGUCACCGCCCUACUCACAGCACUGUCGCCAGAGAGGUUGCGGCCAAGCAGAAGGAAAGCCAGGAAGCCGAGCGAAAGGCCAUGAACACUGGCUCGAUCGAUACCAACGAUGUGGACGCCUUGUUUGAUGACGAUGACGAAGACGACGACAAUGCCUCCGAGAUCACCGAUAACACUGCUGGCGUUGCCCUCGACGCCGACCGUGCCACCUUCAACUCGUCGCCUUCGCGGGCCGACGCACAAAACAAAGCUACCGCUCAAGGGUCCAUCCCCGAGGCCAAGCUCACCAACAAGGAGAAAUACCUUGGGCUUUUCACCCUUCGCGAGCAGAAUGGCAACUACAUCCAGGACGUCAAGGAGAUGACCCGCGUGCCAGUCCUGUUGAGGACUGACCUGACAAAGAGCCCUCCAUGCCUGACCAUCCGUUCUCUCAACCCCUUCGCCCUGUGA